AUGGCCGUCCGAUCAUCGCCGGACCACUGCCCUCUGCUGGCACUGGCGCUCCCAGGCAGUGCAGUGGCCAUAUGCAGCGCCGGCGACGGCGGCCAAGCCACACCCUGUGAGGCCCAGGUCAACAACGCGCGAGGCGCACCCGCUGCGCAGCUGGCCUGGCACCCGCGGCUGCCGCUGCUGGCAAUUGGCUGGAAAGACGGUGGCCUGUCGCUGUGGGACGCCGCUUCAAGGCGGGUCGAGGAGGGUAGCCCUGCGCACCAUGGCGCGGUCACGGCGCUGGCCUGGAGCCCCGGGGGCGAGCGACUGGCCGCCGGGGACGACAGGGGCAAGCUCACCAUAUGGCGCGUCGACGAGGCGCUGCGGCCGGUGCUGGUCGGCAGCGUUGACGAGCGGGGCAGCGCCAUCGGGCCGUGCGUCUGGGGCGGCGGCGGCGAGGGCGGGAGGGGGCUUGAGGUGUACUACUCUGUCCCGGCGGGAGAGGCGGGGCCGGUCUCGGGGUGUUCAGCGACGUCAGGGCCGGGGGCCGUGAUCAAGUGGGCUGACGACCGCGGCCGCGUCGGCGUUGUGCAGGAUGUGGGUGAGCAGCUGCACUGGCUGAUGGCGUACCCCGAAAAAGCGGAGCUCCUGGCAGUAAUCGCCAGCGGCACCCUGCUGCUCCUGUCAAGGGGCGGCAGCGGCGGUGGCGGCGCCGGCGCAGCCGACGGUGCGUGGGGCGUGACCCUCCGGGCCAAGUGCGCGAGCGGCGGCGGCGGCGGCGGCGGGAGCGGCAGCGGCAGCGGCAGCGGCAGCAGCGGAGCAGCCAGCCUGCACGUCGCCUGGGCGGCGCCGCACGUGCUCGCCAGCGCGUCGGACAGGGAGGGCGCAGUCCGGCUGUUCGACCUGGACUCUGAGGAGAACUUCACGCUGCAGUCCGAUGCGUCGCAGUGCGACCCUUGGGCCGCCACCGGCGGCAGCGGCCCCAGCGAGCAGGGCGGGGCGCCUGUGCGCCUGACGUGCCUUGGGUCGAACCAAGCGCGCAGCCUUGUCGCAGCCGCGAGCUCGGAUGGCAUGGUGUUUGUUUUUGGGCGACGCGGGACCCCCGGAGCAGUCACCAGCAGCAGUGGCGGCAGCAGCGGGCAGGGGGCUGCGGAGGCCGCUCAGAAUGCAGGGGGAGAUGGCGACGAAUCACAACUGUGGGAGCAGCUGCACUGCUUCCAGGUCAGAGGCCGGCCGGUGCGAAUGGAGUGGGGCCCCCGGCCCGGCAUGCUGGCAGUGGGCUGCAGCGACGGGGGCGUGGUCGUGGCCACAAAGGGGCGGCUGCAGCACAAGGUCGCGGGAGGCCUGGCGGUGGUGCAGGUGUCAGAUACCCUCGUGCUGGUGGAGCCCCUCGCCGGGCCGCCCCGCGGCGGCCCCUGGCGCCUGCAGACGUCCCUCCGGCCCCGCGGGCUCGACGCAACCUCGGACCACCUGCUGAUCCACGAUGGGGACGCGGCUGAGGUUUACGAGGUAUCGCGAUCCGGGGACGGCUGCGGGUUUGAGCGGGUGGGGCGCCUGGAUGCGCGCGGGGCGGGCGGCGCGGCGGUGGCGUGGACGGGGGCGGCGACGAUGCAGCGGCCGGCAGGCGGCGGCGGCGGCGGCGGCAGCGGCGAGGGCGUGAGGGAGGCGCCGGACGGCGGCGGCGGGACUGGGAACGGGGUUGCAACGGCGGCGGCGGCUGCGGCGGCGAUGGCGCUGAUUGCUGAGUCAGUGUUCCGGCUGGCGGGGGACCGGGUUGAGGGCAGCGCCAGUGCCGCUACAAGCAUGCCCGGCCUGAGCACCGUGAAGCAGGUGCUCGCGUUUGACGCCGCUACAGAGGGCCGCCCCAUGGCGUUGGACGCCUGUGGGGAAUUCCUGGCAGUCGCCACGUCGCUGGGGGCGGUGCGCGUGUUCCGGCUGACGGGGCGCGAGGUGCGGCCGCACGCCGGGCCAGGCCCGCUCCUGCCCGCCGACGCCGCCGGCGCCCGCCCGAUGGUCGAGUCUGUGCGCGUCAACGCGGAUGGCGGCAUGGUCGCCGCCACCGCGCGCGGCCCCGGCGGCGGCCCGCGCGACGCGCGGCUCUUCUUGUACUGCGCGGACACCAACGCCGGCUGCGCCUACGACUUUGGGGCGGACGGGCGCGUGCCGGUGGCGGUGGCGUGGGACGCGGCCGAGAGGCGGCUGCUGGCCGUGCAGGUGGAGCAGGCGCCGCUGCAGCGCGCCUCGUCGGAUGCACCGCCGGACGCCCCUCGCGCUGCGUCGUCGCCGGAGAGGCCCCAGACCGCGACGGCAGCACCGGCGCCGCGGCCGCAGAUCGCCGCUCAGGCGGGCGGGGACGGCGGCCGGCGGCGGACGGAUGCGGCGGCGGCGGCGGUGCCGUCGCCCCCAGAGCGCGCUGCAGGUUGCGGGGCGGAGGUGGCUCUGAUGUUUGCGUGCUCGAGCAGCGGGCUGCUGCUGCAGGAAUACCAAGGGAUCGGGGGCAGCGCUCUGAGCAGUAACAGCAGCAGCGGCAGCAAUCCAAGCACCGGCGGUGGCGAAGGCGAGAAGCUUGUGACAAGCGGCAGCAGACGCGGCGGCGGCGGCGGUGCGUGCGGUUUCCUGGGCCUGAGUGUGCCGCACCUCCUGCUGUUUAAGAGGGGUGGCGGCGGCGGCGGCGGCGGGGCCAGCGGGGGCGGUGGUGCCGGCGCGGCGGGCGCGCCCGCGCAGGGGGCGCGGCCGGCGCGGCCGCUGGUGUCACAAGAGGCGAUGAAGGGUUUUGCAGGCACAGAGGACGCGGACGCCGCCACCAGGUCUGCGCUGGUGGAGUUCUCAUUCCAGCUGGCGCGGGGCCGGCUGGAGGAGGCGUUCCGCGCGGUCGCGGGCGUCAGCAGCGCUGCGGUGUGGCGGAACAUGGCGCACAUGGCAAUCAAGAGCAAGCGCCUUGACGUGGCGGAGCACUGCCUGGGCAACAUGGAGCACGCCCGUGGCGCACGCGCGCUGCGCGAGAGCGCGGCCCUGCAGGAGCCCGACGCCCGCGUGGCCGCGGUGGCGGUGCAUCUGGGCCUGGCCGACGACGCCGCGCGGCUGUACGCGGGAUGCGGGCGCUGGGACCAGCUGGCGGCGCUGCGGGCGGCGGGCGGGCAGUGGGAGCAGGCAGUGGCGGUGGCAGAGGCGCACGACAGGGUGCGCCUCAAGGCGGUGCAUUAUGAGCUGGCGCGCCACCUGGAGCGCUGCGGCGACACGGCCGGCGCUGCUGAGCACUACCAGGCGGCCGGCGCCGCGGCGGAGGAGGUGCCGCGUAUGAUGCUCCAGGACGGGCGCGCCGGGGAGCUGGAGGGCUACGUCAUGAAGCAGUCCGACCCCGCCCUGAUGACGUGGUGGGCGCGCUACUGCGAGUCCCAGGGCGCCUGGUCCAAGGCCCUCCUCUGCUACCAGCGCACGGGCAACCACCUGGCCAUCUGCCGCAUCCACUGCGCGACCGGCGACUGGGCGGCCGCCGAGCAGCUGGUCGCGUCGGGGCGCGACCCCGCGGCCGCGUUCCACCUUGCGCGGCUGCACGAGGCGGAGGAGCGAGUGGAGGAGGCGCUGAGGUACUACGCGCUCUCGGGCCGCCCCGCGCACGGCGCGCGGCUCGCCAAGAGGUACGGCAUGCAAAAGGAGCUGCUGUCGCUGGCGCUGCAGUCCCCCGCCGCGAUCGCCCUGGACGCCGCAGACUAUCUCCUGUCAGAGGGCAACCCCGAGGGCGCGGCGCUGCUGUUCCGCAAGGCCGGCCGCGCGGCGCGCGCGUUGGAGGUGGCUCAGGCGGCGGGGCUGUACGGCGUAAUGGACGAGAUUGCGGGGGUGGUGGGGGCCGGCGGGGACGCGGGACUUCAGGCCAGGGCCGCGGGCGCCUUCAUGGCGGCAGGGCAGUACGACCGCGCCGCACGGCUGUUUGCGCGCGCCGGGGAGCUGCACCGCGCCCUUGACCUCAUAGAGCAGCAUGACGUCCCCCUGAGUGACGAGCUGGCAGAGGCGCUCACGCCGGAGAAGGACGACGGCGGGUCGCCCGUGGCAGCCGGGGAGCGCCAGGCCGUCCUGUUGCGAAUCGCCAAGGCGCGUUGA